GAUCUUGGCCCUAGACAAAAAAACGAAAUCUUUUCUGGGCGGUGGGCAGGAUUCUCAGAUCUUUCGCGUUUGAAGCACAGUACGCUGCAUGUAUACAAACAUGGCGGCUCCCAUCAUGAGAUAUUUUGUUGUCGCUGCCCUUCUUCUAAUCAUUUGCCCGUAUAGUCAUGUAGUUUUUGCUGAUGGUCAGUGUGGGAAUUCAGCUGAAAACGCACCAGAAAGCGACUGCGGUUGCAAAGUCAACCGUCAGAGUGCUCAGGUUCCUAUUAAAAAGUCACAGGCCCCCGAGUCUUCAGACCCGUCUGGUUCAGUGGGCGUCGACGCUGAGGGAGAAACUCAAAAGCAAGAUGAUCCACUGAAAGUGAAUGAUGAAAAAAGCGACAAGCAAAACGACAUUAAGUCUUUUAGAACCAAUAGUAUGGUUUUUAUUCCUGGAGGUACCUUCCAUAUGGGCACGGAUGAUCCUAUUUUCGUUGCUGAUGGAGAAAUGCCAUCAAGGAAAGUAACUUUGGAUUCCUUUUACAUGGACAAGUAUGAAGUGAGCAACAGUGAAUUUCAGAGGUUUGUCGAGGAUACAAAGUAUAAAACAGAGGCUGAAGGAUUUGGCAAUUCUUUUGUGAUGGAAUCGUACAUAAGUGAGGAGACAAAGAAAAAAAUCACGCAAAUGGUGGCUGCAGCCCCCUGGUGGUUGCCUGUUGACGGGGCUGACUGGCGGCAUCCGGAAGGCCCAGACUCAGACAUUAACGAAAGAAUGGACCACCCUGUUCUUCAUGCCUCGUGGAAUGAUGCUGUUGCAUUCUGUGCAUGGGCAGGCAAAAGAUUGCCGACAGAGGCAGAAUUUGAGUAUGCUUGUAAAGGUGGGAAAGAAAACAGACUUUUCCCUUGGGGAAACAACCUGACUCCAAAAGGCGAGCAUUGGAUGAAUAUCUGGCAAGGGGAAUUUCCCAAAGAGAAUACAGCAGAAGAUGGCUAUGUAGGAACGAGUCCAGUCACAGCUUUUCCAGAGCAGAACAAAUUUGGACUAAAAAACAUCAUUGGUAAUGUGUGGGAGUGGACACAAGAUUGGUGGAUCACAAAACAUUCUCCGCAUGACUCCAAGAAUCCAAAAGGUCCUGAGAAGGGCACGGAUAAAACAAAGAAAGGUGGUUCAUUCCAAUGUCACAAGUCCUACUGCUACAGAUAUCGAUGUGUCGCCAGAAGUCAAAAUACUCCAGACAGCUCAGCUGCUAAUCUUGGCUUUAGGUGUGCUAGUGACAAACUCCCCGACUACUUACAAGCUCAGGAAAAAGAUGAACUAUAGAGGCAAGGAAAUGUGCUCUUUUUCAGGGAUGGACAUUGUUUAGGGAUUGUUCGCUGAAUUCAAUAGAUAUUUUAAUUUCUAGAGAAAAGUAUAUGAAGAUCAGAUUGGGAUACUCUGUUAAAAAACAACUUAGCCCCCCCCCCCCCGGAUGACAGUACACUGAUACAGUUAUGUGCAAUGUGGAACAAGACAUAGCUCUCAGCCUCCGCACCAGUCUGGGCAUGGGUCAGAGUCAGAGGACUCGCAUCCCAUUCAGCUGUCAUUAACCAAAUAAUUUUUAUAGUUCUCUGGUGAUUUUGUUGUACGAAUGUGAUUUAUGCAUGUGUGCAAUGUCAAAACUAAUUCGAGACAGUUCUCCUGAUUGAUGUGUGUCUGCCUAUGGGUUGACAGGAGAGACCGAACUGUUUAGAAUUUUUGCAAUAAAGACAAUUAAUGUGAUGUUUUCCUAGGGUUUUUUUGGUCAUUACUUGUUAUAUCUUUAGAUGUACACGUUCAGAAUAUGUUUACUCUGUCUGUCAGAUGUCAUGAAGGCAGUUUUGUCGUUAUGCUCUCUCCCAUGCAUGUCUGUACCAUAAACUCUGACAUGUCAAAAGUACUUGCGACGAGGUUGCUAGCAAGCACACGCUCACAAAUCACUUCAUUAUCAUAAAAUGAGAAGGGGCUUCACAUACGAUAAAAAAAUCGGUUGUACUGCAGGUUUAAGAACCAGCAGUCAACUACUCCUUAGAUCUAGAAAGGGAACGCGAAGAAAAAGAAGAUAAAA